UAGUGCGCCAGCCUGUGUGGUAGUCAUGUGCUCUCCAUGAUGCGUUUUCUGGAGUAACCGCCCCGCCAAUGGUUUGAAGUCGGCCCAUGUCGCCUGUGUCCCGAUCCCGCCCUGAUGAGGACACUCUGGGCUCUGAGAAAAAAACGCGUGCCUCGGACAGCCCACCGUCGGUGUUACAGACUCGACGACCCCCUCGGGCAGGCGGUUUCGGUCUUCAGCUCAGCGGGUCCGAGGGACUCGGGCCUCCGCGGGGUCCAGAGGGGCCCGGUCCCAGGUCUGGGGAGCGGCCGCCACCGCCAGGGAUCCGCACGUUUGCCGCCUCUUGGUCCUCCUCUUCCAUCUCUGGUGGCUACCGCUACCACCACUAUGCGGGAGAGCGUUUGUGGGCGGAGGACCAGGAGAAGGAAAAGGAGGAGAGCUAUCGGCAAAGGAGGCUGAAGGAAAGGGAGAGGAUAGGAGAGCUGGGCGCGCCCGAGGUGUGGGGACUGUCGCCCAAGUUUCCUGAGCCAGAUUCGGAUGAACACACACCAGCUGAAGAGGAGGUGAAGAAUCCGAAGAGCAGCAGUUCAGACGUCGCCAGUGAAGAAAAAAGCACGAAGACCGGUCAUUCAGCAAAGAGAAAAAGGAAGAAAAAGCCCUCCAAAAGGAAACGUAGAAAGUAUUGUGACAGUGACAACAAUUCAGACUCUGACGUUCAGUCUAGCUCUGGGGGCGAUAAAAGGAAAGUUAAAGCCAGGAAGAAAGAGAAGAAAAAGAAACACCGAGCAAAACAACUAAAGAAGAGGAGGAGGACCAGAAAAGAAUCCAGCGAGAUACGCUGCGAAGCUUUAGAAAGGGAAUUGCCAGAAGAUGCGUGGAUGGAACAGUCCGUGAGUGCAGAUGCCCUGGAUUUAAUAGGCCCAAAAGCACCGGUAAUACAUACCUCUCAAGAUGAGAAACCUUUGAAUUAUGGCCACGCUCUGCUUCCAGGUGAAGGCGCAGCCAUGGCUGAAUAUGUAAAAGCUGGAAAGCGUAUCCCACGAAGGGGUGAAAUUGGGUUGACGAGUGAAGAGAUCGCCUCCUUUGAGGGUUCAGGUUACGUCAUGAGUGGUAGCCGACAUCGCCGGAUGGAGGCUGUAAGGCUGCGGAAAGAGAACCAGAUUUACAGUGCUGAUGAGAAAAGAGCCCUUGCAUCCUUUAACCAGGAAGAGAGGCGGAAGAGAGAGAAUAAGAUCCUAGCCAGUUUUCGAGAAAUGGUAUACAGAAAGACAAAAGGGAAGGAUGACAAGUGAGAACUUGUCUGUUGCUCUGCGGGACUUUUAAACAACAAAGGUUUUGUAUGGCGAAAAUAAUAGUAAAUGGUCCUACCAUUCACCAGUGACACUGUGCCCACUGUGCUACUAAGUACCCUAGGGAAACACUUUUUGAGAUGUCAUUAGAAAUUUUUACAAACAUUUCAGGGAAUGAGUAAAAAGGUGAAUGUCACUCCAGUCCCUGAUUUACCACUCCCUUUCCAAAAGCAAAUUGUCUUCCAUGUUCUUCCGUGGUUUUGUGCAUAUGCAAGAUAUUUUGCGGAACAAAAGUUAGUGCUAGUAAACGGAAGAGUGCCCCACCCCAUCUGUUACUGUGAUUUUCCCCCCUCCCCCAAGAGUUUACCUUUUGGAGUCAUUUGCCCCAGAAGGACAAAAAGAACUUGGAGAGCUAUAUAUAGCCAAGAAAGUAACCAUUGGGACAUAUCUGGAUUCAGUGGACUGUGUUCUGCUGGCUGUAGUUACCAAACUUGGUAAAAGAAACUGAGUUUUGUAACUAAAAAGCCUAGGAACCUAUGUUUCCAACAUAAUGUUAAUAGAAUUUGGGCUUUUUCUCUUUUUCCAUGACUCAUUUUCUUAGAGUGGUUUCCCUUAUUAAAAAAAAAAAAAAAAAAGAACGCCAAAUCUCUUGAAAGAACAUUUCCUUUGGAAGUGAUUGGAUGUUUUCUUACUUUAAUUCAAUGCAUUGUACAAUUAGGAUAGUCUUGCUCUUCAUCUGACCCUGUGCCGCAGUUUUCUUCUGCUCCCUCUUGUUGCCAAUGGGAAGAUCAUGUGUUUGGCCAAAAUGGGAUGCAUAUGACCAAAUUACAGUGGUAUUCAAGGCUAAAGAUAGCAAUAUUCUGGUAAUUUGUUAAUAUGUACUAUUGCUUAAACUAUUGAUAUAACUUUUAUAACCACUUUUUGAAAGAGAUGAGUUCAUAAAUUUUGAACAUCAGAGCCUAGUUUAGUCUGAAAGUAUAUAUAUAUAUAUAUAUAUAUAUAUAUAUAUAGUGUUUACCUGCAAUCAUUAAGAAGCUGAGGUAUCUUCUCCCAAAAGCAGUACUUGAGAGUAGUGUCUUCUCCAUAUAUAUUACUACAUUACUGAAAGUUUUAUCCACUAUUAAUUUAAGACAAUCAUAUUGGAAUAAGUUGUUUCACAGUAGUUUAUGUACGAUGUCAUAUUUAUUUCCAGAUUUUUGUGUAUUUCUCAUGUUUCUUCACUGAGUUCUUCCCGUGAAGUAUUUAGAAUCAUCUUUAUGUGAAGCAUUUUAAGCAGGAUCUGCUGAGAUGCUCUUGGUUUUCUAAUAGUUCUUCAUAAACUACAGUUACCUCUCGUGAUCGAGGAGAGAAGAGCUCACUGGCAACAUUCACAUUUUCCAAAGCACCAAAUCCAUCUUUUUAAUCAUGUCCCAACUUCAGGUAGACUAUAGUAAACACCUCCCAGAGAUUGCUCUGCAAAAUUACCUUUUCAGACUGUUUUAAUACCACAUUUUUCCCAUUUGUUUGAUCAUAGUGAGGAAAGUGUGGGUCCUGUGUAUAGUUUCUCAAGAGCACCUGCCCUCAUCCACCAGCACCCAGUGGUCAUACCAUAGGCUCUGUAGUUCAUUCUUCUCCCCACAGGGCCACAUUUGUAGGGUUUCCAAGGUCACUUCCAGGAAAGAAUAUUUCUGACGUGGUAUUCUUAACAUGAUUUCGCCUUAGUUGAUUGGCAUAGUUUACAAAUCUGCUUGGAAUAAGUGCUGUUGCCUGAGGAACCGAAUAGCUUACUCUGGGGCACUGCAUGUGCGAUUAAUAGGGAGGCCACAUAAGGAGGACACGGUUAUCUGAAAAUACCAUGUUGGGCAGGGGAGAUAGACAACCAACACAUGCCUGCUGCAGUUUUGAAUUUUAAAAUGUGUGUGUUCAUAACAGGUGCUGGUAGUUUACAAAGAAAAGCUUGAUUUUAUUGGCCAACUCCUGAUUGAAAAGGACACAGGGUUUAUCCAUAAAUAAAUAUAGAAAAGCUUAAGAUUCUGGGUGCUGAAAUCUUCCAAAGAGUAGAUUAGGGCCACCUAGAAGGAAAGAACAUUUGUGGAGAUACAGGGGAUAAGACUGUGCAAAGCAUAUGACGAGAUCUUUUGUUUCUAAGGAAGACCUCAAAUCUACAACCAGGCAUUUGUUAUCCAUAGGGACAUUGAUAUUUACUGACCGCGAUAUCAUAGCACUACCCAAACUAACUCGUCUCAUUUGCAAAGCUUGCUUUACAAGGCUCAAAACGUUAGUAAGCCCCAUAGAGUUGACAACAUGGAGUGGGUUCCAGAAUCUGGAAGGGCAGUAUGGUAUGGAAGGACACCUUCAUUCAGUGCUGUAACCUGUUUCAGGUCACCCCAAAGGAAGUUGGUGAAAGCUGUGCUUGUACAUCUGCACAUUCCAUCUAUGGAAACUAUGCUUCACUAUACACAGUGGGGAACACUUCUUUCCACUUAACAGUACAUCUUAUGUUAUGUAUCAGUACAUAGAAAUCUAAUUUUUUAAAUGAUUUUAUGUUUUCCAUCGUAUGUGUUUCUGGGACAUGUGGAAUUCUUCUGGCUUAAUGUCAAAAGAAAUGAACUCAACCCAACAAGACAGGUUGGUCCAUGGCAUUGGUCUGAGAAGAGCAGUGGUGGAAAGACAGCAGGCUGGGGACCCAGGCAAGGGCAAGGACUGGGGAGGCUUUCAGAAGUGGGUUAUGGUCGCUCAUUUGCAUCGGCUGUGAGCACCAGCAUUGGAAGGUAUUUUCUCUGCACAAAUAUUUAUUGUGUAAAGAGGAAAAUAGUGCUUUGUGUGUUGUAAGUACUGUAGAGAAGUCUGUAAGUUAGCCUUAGUCAGUGCCACCAUAGAAUUUAUGAUCAACAUACGUCAAACUUGAAAAUGUUUAAUUACAAAUUGCAUCACACUAUAAAAAAUAUAAGGCUAGAAAUCUAAGAAAUUAAACUUUCUGAGACAGUUAUUAGUGAAAAACUAAAUGUCACAUUUAAUCUUCAUGCUUUUAAAUUUUAGUAGAUACUAUAAUGAUGCUUUCUAGGAAGACUGACAGGCCAACAUCAUCCCCAGCAUUGUACUUUUUCAACAAGCUUUCUGUCUUUGUUUUUCUGGUCAAUGAAAGUGGAUUUUCACUGUCAAUUUUAUUUUCCCUUGUCAAGAGUAAAGUAAAAGCUCCUUUUUAGGUAUUUCUUAUUUUGUAGUCCUUGUAAUAUAAAGUGUUCACUCUAG